CAUUCCACAAGCACCAUGAGGACUCCUGCCCCCAGCUUUGCCGUCCUCUCCUCCGCAGGACCAAUCUCAUUCCCGGCCACUCUGGCCAUUGUCCUGAGCUGCCUCUUCUCCGGGGCGCACAGCCAGACCCCACGGGCCUUCCAGGAGAGCACCAUGUCCCUGGAGGUGCCGGGCCAGGAGCAGGCCCGCGGCCUGGCGCAGCCCGGGCUGCUGUGGGCCGUGCCCGUGUCCAACGCGUCGGACGGCGCUGCCGGGAGCCGCCCCUCGGAGCCGCCGCUGCUGCCCGUGUGCGCCAGGCCCGCCGACAUCCGCCACGUCUUCAAGUACAUCAACACCAUCGUGUCCUGCACCAUCUUCAUCGUGGGCAUCAUCGGCAACUCCACGCUGCUGCGCAUCAUCUACAAGAACAAGUGCAUGAGGAAUGGCCCCAACGUCCUCAUCGCCAGCCUGGCCCUGGGGGACCUGCUCUACAUCCUCAUCGCGCUGCCCAUCAAUGUCUACAAGCUCCUGGCCAAGGACUGGCCCUUCGGGGUGCAGGUCUGCAAGCUGGUGCCCUUCAUCCAGAAAGCCUCCGUGGGCAUCACGGUGCUCAGCCUCUGUGCCCUCAGCAUCGACAGGUACCGAGCAGUGGCGUCCUGGAGCCGGAUCCAGGGCAUUGGGAUCCCCAUGUGGAAGGCCGUGGAGGUGCUGCUGAUCUGGGCAGUGGCCAUCGUGCUGGCAGUGCCCGAGGCCAUCGCCUUCGACAUGGUGGAGCUGAGCUACUGGGAGCAGCACCUGUGGGUGUGCAUGCUGGCCUCGGAGCAGAAAAGAUCCUCAAGUGGAUCCAACAUCCUUACAGUGGAUCUUGGCACGUUCCUUCCAAUCCAAACCAUUCCAUGAUUCCACGAUUUGGAAUCCCCUGUGCUAAUCCUCCCCCCUGACCCUGUCUGGCAGCGCCGGGAGGUGGCCAAGACCGUGUUCUGCCUGGUGGUGAUCUUCGCGCUCUGCUGGCUGCCCCUGCACCUCAGCCGCAUCCUCAAGAAGACCAUCUACGACCAGACGGAUCCCAACCGCUGUGAGCUGCUCAGUAAUUCCUUGCCCGGACUGCACCGCCCUCCUGAUGGGCAUGAAGAGGGUGGGAGGGACAUGAGAAGGUCCUGCCUGUGCUGCUGGUGCCAGAGGCCGGCCCUGAGCAUCACCCCCACGGAUGAGAAGGGAUCUGUUGGGAAGUGGAAAGCCACGGGGCAGGAGCUGGGGCUGGACCGCAGCAGCUCCCGCCUGAGCAACAAGUACAGCUCUUCCUAAAUCCGUGUCACUGUCCAGGACAAGGCACAGGGACAGCAGGACCCCUCCGAUCCUCUCCCAGGCUCUUCCUGGCUGGGCCUGAAUCAGCUUUGCCGUCGUGUCCUAACCCAGCUGGAAGGAGCUGGAGCAUUCCCCAGGACCAGCUCCAAGCCCAGCCCCUGACCCCAGCGGUCACCUCUGCAGGAGA